AUGGGCGUUGCAGGGAAAUUGUACAAGACCCACAACACGCCAUCGCAGCUCGGUCAGCUCACUGACGGCAAGCUGAAGGCCGCUGGAGUGGACGAUAAGGAUGUUCGCAAGCUGGUAUUGGCGGCUAUCCGCAAAUCGGGCUACAAGGUCCCAGCAGCGGGUCCCUCCUCGCGCAACGCAGCCCAAAAUACCAGCACGCCCGGGGCCGCAGAUCCACCCGCUGCAAAGAAGCGCAAGCGAGAUGACGAUCUGAAUGAACUGCUGCCUGACAGGCCCCCAGAUGAUGGCGAGCUCUACGGCAGCUUGGAGUUCAAGGAGGUGCUCGAUGAAACGAUCCUCAUGAAGAAGUCCACGGCGGUGAACCGCGCCCCGAUCAUGAUGGCAUGGGCCUUCGUCGUGGCUGAACGGCUGGGUUUCCAGCGCGAGGAGGCUCUGAGUAUAGCAUCGGUGUACACGGAAAUGAAUGCCAUUACCAAAGGCGUAUCCCUCGGCAUCUUCGACAAAGACAAGGGUAAGGGGGUGGAGGCCGCGCAGGGUGGCUCACAGCCGUACGUGGACCUCAUGGGCCGACGACCUCUCUACCAAACAGCAAACGGCUCUUGGCGGGCUCUCUCCUCGGGCACGCCUGUCGCACCCUCCUCGGCAUUCUCGUAUAUCACCCGGGCCUUACGGCAGACCGCGCCAUUCGUCCUCGGUGCACUGCGCCUCCUGGCCAACAGCUACGCCCCAGCGGAGCUGACCCGCACAGGCUUUGCCCUCUACGCUGACUUCCGACCGGACGUGCAGGGGUGGGGUGGUCGCGCGGAGGUGCGCUGUGCGACGAUCCUCGGGCUGAGGAAUACGGACGUGAAGAAGGAGGACGAGGAGGCGCCGCUCAGCAACGUGCAGGGCAUCGUGAAGAUUGAGCCCACCACCAUGGAGUCUGGAGGCGAGAUGGCCCUGUCAGGGCUCGACGAGCCGCCCAAUAAGAAGCAGCACAUAGCGGCUAUUGAAGACGAGUAUGAGGCGGCAUUGAACGACCCAAUAUUUGAUGACGCGGAACUCAACCUGGACAACAUCCCUUGA